AUGUCCUUUACAGCUCGUGGAGUGAAAGCUCUUCGCGAGAUUCGUCAUCUCCAGCGCACGACUGCGAUGCUUAUCCCACGCCGACCAUUUCAAAGAGUGAUACGAGAAGUGGCCAAAGAGGUGUGUCUCAAACGUGGCAUGAAGGAGGAAUACAGAUGGCAGGCGAACGCCCUCUUGGCUCUGCAGGAGGCGACCGAGGUUUAUCUGACGUGUUUGUUCGAGGACACUAAUUUAGCGGCUAUACAUGCACAUCGUAUUACUAUCAUGCCGAAAGAUAUGCAGUUGGUUCGUAGACUUCGUGGUGAGAAUGUCUCAAUGUCAACUUCUCCAAGGAAGAAUAGACAGCAUUGCUCGAACCUAUCUAAUUAG